UCUAACACAUAUAUGAGCCACUUCUAAAGUAAAUGUCCUUUGUUUAUUUAACUAUAGGGUAGCCUUAAAUGUCCCAUGCUGUUCUGGACACCGGAUCAUGAAGGAACCACUUCUUUUCCAUCAGAGUAAUAUCUUGUUCUGCUACUAAGGAACUAUAUAUACCUGAAUUAAAAUGAGAGUCUGGAAUCAUACAGGUGUGAAGGAAUUCCUCCUGGUAGGGUUAACUGAAAAUCCUAAUUUGCGGAUCCCACUCUUUUUGCUUUUCACUCUUAUUUAUUUUAUCACUUUGGUGGGUAAUUUGGGCAUAAUUAUCUUGAUCUGGUUAAAUGCCCAACUUCGUACUCCAAUGUAUUUCUUCCUUGGCAACCUCUCCUUUUGUGAUAUCUGCUACUCUACUGUCUUUGCUCCUAAGAUGCUAGUCAAUUUCCUAACAAAACAUAAGUCCAGUACAUUUUCUGGCUGCAUUCUACAGAGUUUCUCUUUUGCAGUAUAUGUAACCACAGAGGGCAUUCUCCUCUCCAUGAUGGCUUAUGACCGUUAUGUGGCAAUAGCUAAUCCCUUGUUGUAUGGAGUCAUUAUGACCCAAAGAGUUUGUAUACAGAUGGUCCUUGCAUCUUACUUAGGUGGGCUCAUUAAUUCCCUGACACACACAAUAGGUUUGCUGAAAUUAGACUUCUGUGGUCCUAAUAUUGUGAAUAAUUAUUUCUGUGAUGUUCCUCCUCUUCUGAGACUUUCUUGCUCUGAUACCCACAUCAAUGAAAUGCUGCUUUUGAUCUUCUCUGGGCUCAUUGCAAUGUUCACUUUCAUCGUCAUUAUGGUGUCUUAUGUCCGCAUCAUCAUUGCCGUCCAGAGAAUCCAUUCAGCUGAAGGAAGGUACAAAGCCUUCUCCACUUGUGCCUCACACCUGGCCACUGUGACCUUAUUCUAUGGGUCUGUGACUUUUAGUUACAUCCAGCCAGGUGCUCAGUAUUCCCUGGAACAGGAGAAGGUCUCGGCUGUGUUUUAUACAUUGGUGAUCCCCAUGCUAAACCCACUUAUUUAUAGCCUGAGAAAUAAGGAUGUAAAAGAUGCAGCAAAGAGGUUGAUAUGUUGGAAGAGAAACCCCACUGAAUGUGGCUUUGUUAACCUAAUAUUUACAUGCAAAUAUAUGGCCUGUCUUUAAAAUUAUAUCAAAUAAUUACAAAUCAAACUAUGCUUAAGACACUCUUGUGCAAUUUGGAUCAGGAAUUAUGAGUUUGACUUAAAGACUGAAUUAUUAUUUGGCUGAGAGUUGAUGACAUGCUAUUUCACAAUUUAUUGUGUUGAUGAUUUAAUAAUUUUGUUAUUUCAAAAGAUGAGAAAAGUUUUUUUCUAACAAAUAUUCAUGCUAAACUCUGAAAGAGGAUUUAAAGAAGGUGGCAUUGAUUCAAAUCAAAGUAAUACUCUAUCAAUAGAUGUUUAUCAAUGUGUCUCAGAUAAAAAUUUUCUGAUAAAAAUUCAAAUGUUCCUGUGGCACAACUUUCUUAGAUUAUACUAUUAUGUCUUAUCCUAAAAGAGCUA